GGAGCGAGCGGUCAGUCUCCGGCACAGCAAACAGGGCUCGCCAUCCAAUCAGCGCAAGGCGGCUGUCUUAUAGCUGCUGUGUGCUCUUCACUUUUUACACUCACUGCAAAGGCGUCUGAUCCUCUAAAGUAUCAACAAGUAUGUUUCCAGACUUGGCAGGAUGGAUGUUAAAUGAAGGGAGCCCUCUUCAUGUUUCUUCUCCUUUUGGUUUCUAGCCUAAUUAAAGCUUGGCUGCAGAACUUUUUCCUCUCAAAUCUUUUAUUGCCUUUCAGAUGUUGAUUGACUCAUUUGGAUUCUCUCCAGGACAUUCACAAUGGCUUCAAACACCUGAAAAUUAAAACCACUACUCUACAUGUGCUCAAAGGGCGUUAAUAAGGAAAAACUCCUGCUGUUGGAAUGACACAGUGACCUGUAAUGUUUAUUCAUUAAUUUUCCAAUAUGACAUGGAUUAACAAUGGCUGCCCUUGAACAGUAGAGCAUUCUGAAAGUAAGUAACUGGACAUGACUUACCCUGGAGGGGCUCAUGUGUCAAAGAAAGUCUUCAUCCCUCAUGGCUAUCCCCUUAUCUUGAGAUUACUUUUAGCCGUGAUUUGUUUGAGCGUGAUGGGUUUUGCCUGUCCCAAGAGCUGCCACUGCUCCGAGAGGAAUGGCUUGACAGUAGUGCAGUGUUCCUCUCGCAACCUUGAGGAGAUUCCCCCCGACCUUCCGCACGAUACUGUGUCACUUCAGCUGUCCUCCAAUCACAUAACCAAAAUCCCAAACCAGGCUUUUAAAAAUCUUCCCUGGCUCCAAGAGUUGGACUUAUCAAGGAACGCUAUUGAAACCGUGGACGCUGGGGCUUUUCAAGGUGUCACGGAGAGCUUGCGGGCGCUCGACUUAUCCCAUAAUCACAUGCAAAGCGUCCCCAAGGAGGCCUUUGCUCGGCUGCAUGCCAAGAUCAGCCUGUCCAAUAACCCAUGGCACUGUGAGUGCACCCUGCAGGAGGUGUUGCGCGAACUCAGGCUGGACCCCGAGACGGUGAACGAGGUGAGCUGCCACACCUCUGUUCAGGAAGAGUACGCAGGCAAGCCUGUCAUCCAAGUCUUGGAUUCAGGCAUAAACUUUUGUAACUUCCACCAUAAGACUACUGAUGUGGCCAUGUUUGUUACCAUGUUUGGUUGGUUCACGAUGGUUAUCGCUUAUGUCAUCUAUUACGUACGGCAUAACCAGGAAGAUGCCAGGAGGCAUCUGGAGUACCUCAAGUCUCUGCCAAGUAGCUCCCAAAUUAGUAAGGACUUUGACACAAUCAGCACUGUUCUCUAGCAUCAAUCAAUGCAGUGUAGGAGUGAAUGUGUUUGGCACAGUGAUGAUGGCACAACAGCAAGCCUUAUAAGGAUGAGUGGGGCAAGAUGUGUCAUUUACUGAAGAUGUUCUCUAGGAAAGGAGAAAUGAUGAAUCGCUGAUGAACACAUGAAAGAUUUACAUUUCAAAUACAUAUAAAUCAACAUAAAUGAGAAAAAGAAAACAUUUAGCUAAUGCACAAUUAUUAUUACAAAGUAUUAUUUUGCUGCAUAUUAUAUACAUUUUCAUAAAAAGAAAAACAUUUAAUUUUCUGAAUAUUUUAAAUAUUUUAUUAUAAUAGUAUUUUUGUGCAGUUGAAACCAAUUAUUACCAAAUGCAAAUAAUGCAUGAAAUUUAUCUUUUUAUUGAAUUAUUUAUUUAUUUUAACUAUCCACUAGGAUAGUUCCCCAAGAAUUAAUUUCUCCCCCGGCCCAUGUUCCUGGUUGCAUUCGCACCGGGAAUAGGAACUGUGAAACGGCCGACAGCAGCGUCUUUAGGCGUGGGAUUUACAAACACUAAAACCCGGUGGAUGGAAGACGCCAUGAUUGGAGCUGUGUUUGUUGUGCCGUGGGUUUCGUGAUAAUGAAGAUGGAAUGUAAACACAUAAUUUACGCGACUGAAAGAGCAAAAAGUGGGGCUAAGAGAAAAAAUCUCCUAUGACAACUUUCAGUAUUACAUAUCAUUGGGGCGGAGAAAAGAACACAACCCUGCAGACAACAGUUAUAUGCCGUUAUCACCAUGUUCUUGAAGUAAAUGUGUUUACAUGGCUUUUUAAAAAUGCCGGGUGCCAGUGUUUGACAUGCGUUUGACUAAUCAACGUACACUCACAUCACUGAUAGUUCCUAUAGUGCUGGUUUAGACCCUACUCUGAAGUAGGAGCUAAUUUAGUUCCCCCAAAAGGAGUUCCUAGAACUAAAAUCAUUCCUAGUUCCUGCGGUGUGAACAUUUCAGCCAGUAGUUCUAGGAACUAUGAAAAGGUUCCUCCGGUGUGAAAGCCCCUAAUUUUUACAUGCAAAAGAAAAAAACAUUUUAGCAUUACAAAAAUCUAGCACAUAAAAAAAGCCCUUUUUUAACUCUUUCCCAGCCAUUGAUGGAAAUUUCCAGCAAUCCAUGUUUUCACUGUUAUACUGUAGGGGUGCUAUUAUGCUUCUUCUGAAAGAGUACAGAAUCUCAGAAUCAAAACACAGGUGACAGAAAAAAGCAGAAACAAGCGAUAAAAGCAUUGCUUAUGCACAUGUAAAAUAACAUGAUCAUCAAACAUUAAACAGCAUAUUAAUCAAAACUCCCCAACGUUACCGAAUGAAAUGCCAACUAUCAAGAGGUAUAGGACUGUGCAAGCUUUGGGGGUGUUGAUGGACUCUGUCUUCUCCAUCUAUGUUAUGAUCAUCGUUCUGAAUCUAAUCCAGACAUAGUCUUUGACAAAAACACAAUUUUCUCUGCUCUUUCAUGUCUUAUGUUCAGAUAUUCAUACAACAGAAUAUUCUGGGAGCCAUGAAAGUUUUGUAAAAAUAAUGAUCAAAAAUACUGGCGGUGGCUGGCAACUUUUUUUUUUUUUUUUUUUUUUUUUUUAAAUGCGGUCAAGGAAAGAGUUAAAUACAUGGCCCAGUUUGUUGGUUUAAGAGGGUGACAGAUUACUAACUGACACAUCUUACCCCACUGUUCCCAAGUUACAGUAUUAUUUGAUUUGAUUGUGAAUGUUUUCAGUGGGUUUUCACACAAUGAAUGUGUUGACAGUUGUUCCGUGAUGCAAUUCAGUGUUCCCAUUCCCCUCAGUCGACCUACAUAAGUCCUGCAGUCUCUGUGGUGGCCGCUUUGUGCCUCACAACAAGCUCUGCAGAAGCUCCAGUUUUUCUGCAGGUGCUUAAAUCACAUUAUUUCUUGAAUUAAUUUAUUAAUUUGUAUGCUAAUGUAAUGGUGUUUCAGAACCGAAUAUUAAAUGCUGGAUUAAUGGGAUUUUUAUUUUCCUUAUUUUAUAGCAUUGACCAAGUAGAGCAAGUACAUAAGCACUGCCAAAAAAAAACAGUUAAGCUCUGCCUUGAUAAUUGGAAACUUGCCCCAUUUUGGCAGAGUUCUUUAAACUCAAGUGCCUGAUCCUGGUACCUCAGCACCAAUACACUGUGCAUUGGGCAUUAUUUGGUUUGCUAUCUCUCUGUUGUUCUACAAUAAUAAAAAAAAGAAUCCUUUGAUAGUGAGUGUUAAGUAGAACAGUGUAAUAUUAGGUCAAGUGAAAAUGUUGGUGUAUUUUAAAGAUUUCUCAGAUUGAUACUGGAUCAAUUAUGUAAGAUUAGAAGAUAUCAUGAGAUGACAUUCAAAAUGGAUUUUGUCACCUGUGCAUUAUAGUUAAAAGGGCUUGCAGGUUAUAUUUCAUGUAGGCUAAUGUGAAUUUCUGUCCACAUGUAUCAGUUUUUCAUUGUGAUAAGCCUUUCAGCAGUAGUGUGUAUAUCAUAGAAUCAUAAGAAAAUAAAAAUGCUAUUAGAAGGACUCUGCCUUCUUGCCUAGACUUUUCAAUUUCUUUGUUGUUUUUUAAGUUGCAUUCAAUUUACUAUGAAUGAGCUUUUGUGGACAUGUUCAGCAAACAAAAAAUCGAUAGCUUGGGGUCCUUGAUUUUAUUUACCUUUGUUUUGUGUGAGUACUAGGCACAAAACAAUGCCUUGCAGAAAUGUUUCUUGAACCUUCAGGGAUUUCAUGAGGAGUCAUGCCACUGAGAGAGGAUAUUAUGAUUGCUUUCCAGCAGGGUGCUUGAGGUCUAGCCAUAUGUGAGUCUGUAGCUCUAGAUCAAUAACAGAUUCAUUACAGGGGAAGGUUUGGAAAACUGCAGUGAGCUUUAAGGCAUGCUGUUCUGGGAGUAGAUGGCACCCUCAAUUCAGUGAGGAUCUUUCAAGCCAAAGUAUAAGUGAAAGUGGUUUGAAGUUUGUGCUUCUGUCUUCAAAGAAAACAUUGAAGGGGUGGUCUGGACUGUUUAGCACUAAAGUGCUCCAUAAUGAUUUACUAUAUCUGAUUAUAUGUAAACAAAUGACCCUAAAGUUUGUAUUUAUUAAUUGCAGUAAAUCCCCAUGAAACCCUUGAGGUUUAUCAAUGUACCUUUGCCAAAGUCUUGAUUUGUCCUUUAAAACAGGUUUUGGAUCAGUUUCCCUCAGCACUGUAAAACUAUAUAUAAAAAGUCUGUUACAUCCUGAUUGCCUUCCAUUGCCUUCAAUUUCAUGUACUAACCCAUUGUUUGAUUACAUGUUAUAUAAA